UAUCAGCGAUUAGAGUGAGAAAUAUACUACUGUUAUAGAAUAAUUCAAAAAUAAACAAUGAUAAUACCAAUGUACAUAUUCAUAGAUAUUUUUAAUAUUUUUAUUCUUCGAAUUUAAUAUUUAUAAGGUAUAGUUAUCAGUGCUGUAUUGCGUAUUUGCGUGUGUGGUGUUCCAAUGUCCAAUUUAUAUUGUCAAUUUUAAAUUUUGUUAGUACUCAGUAUAAAUAUUAGAUUUAGUCGAGAAUUAUUUUUAUUACUUUCAUUUAUUCAUCAAGCUGUUUUUGUUCACAUUUGAGUUUUUAACAGUGAAUAGUGAAAAUGAAGUCGAUCCAGAGACGUCAAAUGUUGCAGAGGGGAAAGUAGCAAAAAGCUUGAACAUAAAAAACAAAAAUUUAGAAGUGAGUGGUUACAAGAUUCUAAACUUUCUUAUUAGUUGAUUCCGGUGCCAAAUAAUCAAUUGAUGGCUAAGUGCAAUUGUGUUCGUAAAAAAUGACUGCUGAAUUGUUAGUAAUAAAAAAGCAUUCUACCCCAAAAAUACACACUCGUAAUGUGCGUUCCAUCGGGAGUCUGCAACCUCUUAUAAAAGGCUUUGUAAAUAAUCAAACAAAAUUGAAUGAAUUACAGAAAAUUAAGAAAGCUGAAUUACUAUUAAAUCGCCUUUUAAGUGAAUUCAACUUAUCCUUUAAUGUUAUAGAUUACAUAACUGCAAUAUAUAAUGUAGCAUUUGACGAUUCAAAAAUUGCAAGUGGUAUAAAUCUUGGUAAUACCAAAGCCACAUCUAUUGUGAACAAUUUUAUUGUGUUGUUAGCUUCUCGGUGGCGAGAUAAUGUCAAAAAUCAAGCCGCUGGAUCGGGAAUCGAACUCGGGCCUCUUGCUUGCCGAACGAUUGCUCUACCACUAAGCUACCCGACCACAGAGACCUUUGACAUUAUCACUAUUUGACAUUAUCCAACGGGAGUUUACAGUGUCAUCAUAGAUGAAAGCACAGAUGUUGGGUGUGUAAAAACAUGUAUAUGCGUGAAAUUUUUUAAUGUUUUUUAUUUUUUAAUUUUUCUA